UUGACAACCUUUUUCCAAAUUGAAACGAUCAAUUCGUCUGAAGUUAAUACUUUCAGUGUUGCAACGAAUUGGAUCAUAGUUCAUAUUCCAUUACGUAUCAGAAGAGUAUAGUUCAAUCAUGAGUAUUCAAUUGUCAUUAGUGUUUGGUGCCAUGGUCAUUCAAAUGAUCACUUUAUUGGUAUUACUUUUACCGUUACCAUACCCUGUAAGAGCUAAAAUCAUUGAUUUUACAUUUGUAUUACAAAAAUCCCAAAAUUUCAAAGUUGGAGUUAUAUUCGCUGUGUUGUUGUUGAUUCUUCAAUUUUUAGAUUGUGUUAAUAGAUUAAAGAAGAUUGGUGAUUAUUCAGGUCUGCCUUAUUUCACUACUGGCGUUGCCACAGAAACUAACAGAACUUUAUCAUAUGAUCAAUUGGCCACCAAAUUCUAUUCACAAAGAAAUCUCUACUUAAGUGGAGCUGUGUUAUAUUUGAUGGUUGCUAUUGGUACGGUUAUUACUAUCGUCAGAAAAUUGGUUAAGAAGGAAACUGAAUAUAGAACCUUACUUUCCCUGGAAGAUAAUGAAGGCGAAGUUGAAAAAUAUAAGCAACUUAUUAAAUUAAAGGAGAAAGAUAUUGCCACUUUUAAAAAGCAAUUGUCAGGUUUACAAACCGCCUACAAUGACUUAACUCCUACUGGUGGUGUUAAAAAGGAUGAAUAAGUCAAUUGAUAUUGAUUUCAUCAUCAGUCAUAAUUUUAGUUAGUCGUUAUUUAUUUUUAUUGUAGAAAAGAAAUAUUUUUUUUGU